UGCCUCCCAAUUCCCAAAAACCCACGUACUAGAAACGAUAAACCUUUGAGCCAAAAAAAAAAAAAGAAAGAAAGAAAAGAAAAGAAAACAGACCUCUUCUCAGAAAUAUUCUUCAAAACACAAUGAGGUUCGGAGAUUCGCGCCGUUCAUAUCUCACCGUCCAAGUUUCUCCAUUGGAUUUCUUUGAUGAUGAUCCAACGGCAUAUACGCCCUCAUCAUCCGUCGUGUACCCUGACGGCGGAAAUGCUGGGACUUUCGAUUUUUUUUCCGACAACAACGUCGCUUCAUUCCAGCAGGACUACGUACCGUUGCAUUCGGAUUCCGAAUCUGACGACGUCGUUUCAAGCGGAGACGACUUUGACAUUUCUGCUGAAGUGUUCGCGUGCGAUCAGUUCCGCAUGUUCGAGUUCAAAGUCAAGAAAUGCUUAAGCUGCAAGGUACAUGACUGGACCGAGUGUCCGUACGCUCACAAAGGGGAGAAGGCUCGCCGGAGGGACCCACUGAAGUACCGCUACUCCGCCACACCUUGUAGUGAGAUCAGGAAAGCAGGAAGGUGCCCGGAAGGGAACUCGUGCGAGUUCGCGCAUGGCGUGUUCGAGACGUGGCUCCACCCGGAGCGCUACCGCACGCGCCCUUGUAGGGACGGGACCACGUGCACCCGGCGUGUAUGUUUCUUCGCUCACACCGCGGACCAGUUUAGGGUGAUUCUUGACACGGGAGAAUCCUGUGUCAGAUCACCCGCUCUGCCGUGGAAGAACUCCUUUAGUGGAGACGACUUGGAUGAUGUUAAGGUGAAAGUGGUGAGGCCUCGUUUGUCUCCUACCUCGCUUCUUCAGUCGCAGAUGUCCACGACGUCUUCCCCUCCUGUGUUGCCAAAUAGUUUGAAUGGAAUCACCCUGUCCAUGCAAAAUCUGUGGAUCGAGAACUUGAGAAGAUCUUCAUCAUGCAUGGGCUCCCCGCGAGGGCCACAAAUGGCUUCCCGUCAAUCUGCUGCCACUCCGUCGGCCCAGACACCAUUUGGGUCUGGAUCUUGUGCUUUUGAUCUUUGGGACAAGGCAUAUUACGACGUAGAGGAGGAGCCCGUGAUGGAGAGGGUGGAGUCCGGGAGGGACCUCCGGGCCAGGAUGUAUGCUAAACUCAUCCCCCAAAAUUCGUUUCAUCAUUCGUCCACUCCGGUCCCUGAUUUCGGUUGGAUCUCCCAACUCUUGGACUGAAAAUGCUGGUUUUUGGUCGUACUAUUUCGGUUCUUUGAGAAACGUUUUCAUUUGCCGCCGGCCUUCUGGUUUUAAUGAUUGCUGAUUGCCAUCCUCGGGGAGACCAGAAGAAAAAUAUCUCCUCAUGGUUUGUUCGUAUAUAAGCUUUGGUGUUUUUUUUUUUUUUUUCCUUAAUAAUGUAUCAUAUGUAUAUCGUGUUUGAUAUUAAUGUUGUAUGCGAUUUCGUUUGGUCUUCCCGAAUUAUAUCGAAAAGUUUUUCUGUUUUUUUUUUUUUAA